CAUCAGUUUCUCCGCGCGUCUUCCUCGCGCCUGUCUGCUCCCCAACCUUUCCCCCAGAUCCGCGGGUUCAGCGGGUUCACUCUGACACCGCUGACUCCCGGGCCACGCCCCCAGCAGCCACGCACCCCGGUUUGGACCAAUGGCACGCCUGUCACGUACAGAUCACGUAACUCUCCGGCGGUGAUUGGCUGCGGCCCGCUACACCUUUGGCUGUGAUUGGCUGAGUGUUACCAGCCGCCAGACUCCUGUGAAUUUCGUUUCUGUGUGUUUUUGGAGCUUUUCUGCUCCGCAGCUGAAUAUCUGCUCCGCCGACAGCAGGCAGCCCUUCUCCCGCGCCUCCUCUGCCGCGCUCGCGCUCGGAACUCCUCCUUUUCCUCAUGUUUGGCUUUGCGCCGGAGCGCUCCUGUCAGGUGGGGGGUGUGAAGGGACAGGUCACAGCGCCCAUGGAGCCGAAGUCAUGCGUUCAAUACCACGACCUGGAGGCGGCCGAGGCGCUCGUCAGCAUGAGCUUCUGGGGUCAAAAGCUGCUCAAGCCCCGCCCACUGACCCCCACUUCAGACUCAGGUGACUCCCUGCAGCUUCAGCAGGAGGGGGCCGAUGCAGCGAAGGACAUGAUCGCUCUGUCUUCUCUGUGUAUGACUCCUCCUCACAGCCCCAGCUACAGCGAGGCCUCCACCAGCACAGCUCUCAACACAGCUUCCACCGCCAGUCCCUCUUCCUGCGGACACGUCUUACUGUGCUCCAGUCCUGCUACCUGUUCCCCCCCUCCCAGUGACUUCCAGACCUGCCGGUCCCCCCCCAGGUCCUCCCCUCUUACCUCAGAGACAUCACCACUUUCACCUCAAACUAAGUUGUCCUGCAAAGCGAUGGCCACCAGCGUCAUCCGCCACACAGCCGAUAGCCUCAGCACCGCCACGCCCGGACCCCCCACCCCGGAAACCUCCAUGCUUCCAGCUCCAGAACACCCCCCACAGGAGAAGGACACACCUUCCCCCUCUCCUAACAGCAAAGCUGCUCCUUCGUCAGCCGCCCCCCCCUCCUCUACCUCACCAUGCUCCGCAGCAUUCCCGUCGUCUCCGGUGCUCUGCCAGGUUUUCCCGGUCAACAGCCAGACGGGGAUGAUCUCGGCCUUUGUCCAGGCGCCGGUGCAGGUGCAGACUCAGGCGGGGACCAAGCCCAUCCUGCCCCAGUCCCCCCCUCCAGGCUUUGCUCAGCCUCUGCUGGUGAGCUCUGCUGUGACUCAGGGGACGGUCAUGUUCGUGGUGCCUCAGGCCCCCGUCCCCCAACCACAGCAGGGCACACAAACCGUCAUGACACUGGGCAGCACCAAGCUCCUCCCCUUAGCCCCAGCUCCAGUGUACCUGCCGUCAGGGCCGAGCGCCGCCACCUCGCAGGCCGACUUCUUACGCAGAAGGAACUAUGUGUGCACGUUCCCCGGCUGCAGGAAGACCUACUUCAAGAGCUCCCACCUGAAGGCUCACCUGCGCACACAUACAGGUGAGAAGCCGUUCAGCUGCCACUGGGAGGGCUGCGAGAAAAAGUUUGCCCGCUCCGACGAGCUGUCCCGCCACCGCCGCACCCACACGGGCGAGAAGAAGUUUGUAUGCUCCGUGUGUGACCGGCGCUUCAUGCGCAGUGACCACCUGACCAAACACACCCGCCGACACAUGACCACCAAGAGGGCGUCGUCGUGGUCUGCCGAAAACCGAGAGCUCAAAAGAUCCCUGCCCAAGGGCCCCAGCCGGAGCCCGGCGCUCGCCGUUGAUGUGCCGGCGUCCUCCAACUGACCAACUCAGGACCAAAGGGGUCUGGGUGUGGGCUGCAGACGAGGCGCUUCCUUCAGCCACAGCUGCGCUGUAGAGUCUGCAGACCUCGGACACGUUUACAGAACCUCAGAGUCAGGAACCAGAACCUCAUAGACGGUUGUAAAAAGGAAGUUCUUCGUCUUCAUGUCACAUGGUUCAAAUGACCAAGCUGCCGUUUUCCCGAUUCACCACUGGGGUGUCCCAGUCUGCUCAGGACAUUUUAUUCCCACAACCAAAUACUCAAUGCAAGAACUCCGGGGGGUCAGGAUGCUGCUCAUUCAACAUUGCACUGGAUUUUGAAAGUCUGGCUUGUUUUUCUACUCUGCGUGUAGCCCUGUUUACGUCACGUGUAAAAGUCACAUUUAGCCAAACGUGCGCACUCCUUUUGUUGUUUGCCAAAGCUUCUUUAUCGUGCUCAUGUUGUUAUCCAGCUUCUGUAUAGUGUCUGACUGUAAAUACUGUAAAUACAUAUCUAUAUGAAUGUUAUGCAUACUUUCCAUUUAUUGACAGUAAUUGAUAUUUUUUAAAUGAACUGUUUUCAUUACUGUGACACUAUCUUUUAUCUUUGUUUUAAACAUUAUCAUAAACAUUUAACGGUAUUUAAGAAACAUUUGUUGAGGGAAAAAGUGCAUUUUUUAAUUUGGCCCAUAGUGUAGCCAGUAAGGGAAUACCUCAUGUUAUUAAAUGUUAUUCUCAUAAUAACAUCUCAUAUCAGAAUAAUCUCAUUUCUGAACGUUUGCUUGUGGAUGACAGUGAACAGUACGACUUUUGUAAUAAAACUUUACCUUAAAGAUUU